GUCAUUUGUCGUUCAAAUUCGACUUUCUCCGAUUUUCCACGUUUGCGCAUUAUUUAAUUUAAUUCAAUCAAUACUAAGAAAAUUACCAAAAAUUGCACAAUAUUAUAAUUUUUUUCGAAAAGUUUAUAAUGUUUUAUUAUGUUGUAAUAUUAUGGUGUGAUGCCAUAAAAUAGAAAAAAACAUAGUUUAGGUGUAUGUAACUUUAAUAAAUUUCAAUAGUAGUCCUUUUGUAUCAUUUUUAGACAUUUUUCUGUAAGUUCGGGAGUGUAAGUAAUGAAGCUCAAUUUUAUUUUCUAUUGAUUUCAAUGAAUUUUCAAUGCAUUUUAUUUAAAAGAGUUUGGUAAUAUUAUUGAUAAAUUAAAAUUUGAAUUGAAGAAAAUGUAUGUGGAUGUAUUCUUCAAUGGUAGGUCACAUUAACGAAAAGAAGAAACUGUCAAUUUUAGGUUAAUAUUUUCAAAAUCUCUAAAGACACAAAUUUUAUAAAUUAUCUAUUUUAAAUAGGUAUAUACAAUGAAAAACCAUUAUGAAGAUACAUAAAAUGUCAAUAUCCCGUGUUAAUACGUUAAAACUUUCUUAUCAGUAUUAUUUAAUGCUUUUUCUAUGCAUUAUGUUCAGUUUUUCGGCGAUAUUAAGCUUAUAUGCUUUAACUAAUGAUUUAGAUAAAUGUAAUUGUUCUAAGGAAAAAACCCUGUACACCACAUACACUUCAAAAAAAUUAAUUAGUUCAAUGCACAAAUUAGCAGUAUUAGUCCCAUAUAAAGAAAGAUUCGAAGAACUCAUGGAAUUCGCGCCGUAUAUGUAUAACUUUCUGAAUAGGCAAAAAGUAAAUUUUGAUAUUAUUAUUUUAAAUCAAGUAGAUCAAUAUAGGUUUAAUAGAGCGUCACUUAUAAAUGCGGGGUUUCUAGAAGUAAGAGCUAAUUACGAUUAUAUCGCUAUGCACGACGUCGAUUUGUUACCUCUAAAUCCGCAACUGUUGUAUUCAUAUCCAGAACAACCCAUUCAUUUAGCAGCUCCAACUCUUCAUCCUCGAUAUCAUUACGAGAAGUUUAUUGGAGGUAUUUUGUUAAUUAAUAAGAAGCAAUUCGAAUUAGUAAAUGGUUUAUCGAAUAGAUAUUGGGGUUGGGGGUUAGAAGAUGACGAAUUUUAUGUACGCCUAAGAGAUGCGCACAUAAAUAUUACAAGACCAGAAAAUAUUACUACAGGAAUAGAUGGUACUUUUAGACACGUUCAUGGUAAAGAAAGAAAAAGGGAUACAGUGAAAUGUUACAAUCAACGUGAAGUAACUAGACGUAGGGAUCGUCAGACUGGUCUACAUGAUGUCAAUUACACUGUAUUGAGUAAUAUAAACAUGGAAAUACAAGGAGCUCCGUUAUUAGUGAUCAAUAUUCGAUUGUUCUGUAAUUACAGUGCUACUCCUUGGUGCGAUUGCUCUAAAUCAACAGAGAUUAGUGUAAAACAAAAAAAAUCCAGUGAAUGACCUGUAUUUUAAUAGUAAGUGUUUUUGAGAUUAUGUGCUGCUCAAAUUAUCUUAAUACUAGAAAAAGAAUGAAAAUCUGUGUGCAUAUAUGUAGUAAAAAGAUAAUUUGUAAUCAUCUUGCCAAAAAAAUUAUGUUUUCAUAUAGAAACAACUGAGAUUAAAAAAGCGUCCUCUAUAUUAGAACCUUCUUUAUAUGGGGCGUUAACUGAAUUAUAAUAUUUUGGAACUUUUAAUUUACAAAUUAGGUAUAAAAUGUUGCAGUUGAAGUAGAUCAACUUUUAUAUAUUUUUGAUGAUUUGAUGCAUUUCUCGGUUUAUUUGUUGUUUGAAAUAAUUAAUAUUAGUGGAUAAAACUAACAUUACAUUUUGUUACACCUUUGAUAUGAUCACACUACUGCUCCAUAACAUGGUGUAACUCCUUGUUAGGAUAGUACGUAUCUAAUAAGGAGUCUCUAAUCAGGUUAUACAAAUUAUAUAUUAAAACUUCGAAUUUGGAUUUUUAAAAACAAAAAUUACAAUUACAAUAUAUGUUUAUUAAGUAACGUUAGAGCAAAGAAUGAAUUAUUAAAAGAAAUACAGUUUUUAUUAUCUUCCACGUUUCCGCGAAGUCAUCACAUUUAUUAUAUGUUAGCUGUUACUUCAUAUGUAACUUACGAUAAAAAGUCUACAUACAAAGGUAUUAUAGCUUCUGAGGGAUAGGGUCUUUGAUUGGGGUUCUACAUUAGCUUCCCUUGUGAGAUAAUGAAUUUUUAUUGUAAUUUUCACUUGAAGUAUUGUUUUUGUCAUUGUCAUUACCAUCCUGUGGUCAGUUUUAUAAUCUUUAUCUAUGGAAACUAAUUCUUCUAAGUAAUUUAGAUUUUCCUCGGCGUUUUGUGGUUCAGCAAUAUUAUCAAAUCGUUUUCUGUUAUGAAAACUUUUUACUCACCAUGUUUCCAUGUUUGGGAAGAGAAUUUAGUCAGCUUUUAAGGAAAUUAUAUUCUCAAGGAAUCCUGUGUAUACUAUCAAAGAUUGCACAUCUGUGCACAGUUUUUCAGGAAUUACAAACAAUGUAAUUUGUAUUUUUAUUGUGUAUACUGUUUAUUUUCAAUGUUUUAUAUAAUUUUACAUAAUUUACAGCCAUUUUUGGAUGUAUAUUCAAGCAAGAACUGGUCAAAUUCUCUGAUAUUGUAUUUUUUUAAAUAAAAGUUUUCAAAAAAUUACUUUUAGUAAAAUAAUUAUCAAAUAACAAUUAAAAAUCAAUUUCCAAUAUAUGAAAAAUUAUUUUUCUGGGUCUUUCUUUUUGGAAAUAAUGCAAUUUUGUCCCAAAAAUGGUCUUUAAGAGCCCUAUUGUUUAUAGAAAAUCGAUUCAGUCCAAAAUUUUAAUAAAAGACCUUUCCAAAUCCAACUUUUCAAGAAAAAAUCCUUAAAAUUUUAUAUUUUCGACAAAAAGUAUUUAACUUAAAUUUUGUCUACAAAAUGUUAUUCCAGAGCCUAUUUUUUUAAAGAAAUCGUCCAUACAUAUCCAACUUUGGACUUUUAAAAUUUUAUAUUUAAAGAAAAUUGCUUUUCAAGUCCAAUUUUUGCAAAUAGGGUCUAAUAAUAUUAAAAAGCUGUUUUUAUAUAUAUUUAAAAUGGAUAAAAAGACUCUUUUAAAUCUAAAUUUGUAUAUUAUUUUAGAGAUAAUGGUUUUUCAAGUUUAAACUAAUAGAAAAAAACCAUCGAAACUUAAUUUUUAAAAAGUCAUAACUUCCAAGUCUAAUUGCAUAUUUCUGUGAUAAAAUCGUUUUUCUAUGCAAAAUAUUUAAAAAUAAAAUAAUAAAAAUUUUAUUUUUCCAAAAAUGGCCUUUCUAGAUCUAAUUUUCACCCAAAAAUAUAAUAAAAAUUCACUUACAGGACGAUUUUCAGUUUGCCUUCUUAAAAACGGAAAUUCGAUUUUUCUUGCAUUCCAACUUUUCCGAUUCUUCUUUUUUUAAUGAAUUUAUUAAUCGAUUUCGAUUCUUAUAUAACGCUCGAAGUCGUUAAAAGCAGCCAAGGGAAUCAUUUGGUUCAAUAAUCGAUUCCAAUUCAUGCAUUUCCAUCAAAAAAGAAAGUUAAGGAAAACAUUACUUAGUUUACUGGUCUAGUCAAUCAUCGUAAAUAGAAGAUCUGUGAAGACUAAGCGGUUGUAUUUCCAAAUUAAUCUUCAACAAGUAAAUUUAUCUUCAAGUCUACAUGAUUCUCUUAGAGAUCUGAUAGGCGAGUUUACAAGGGAAACAUUGCUUUUUUAAUAAAAAAAUAAUAAACUAGGCAUUAAAACGUUUUAUUGUAUAAACAAAACAACACAAUAUAAAAUUUAAGCACUAUAUAACAUUAAAAAACAAGGAACAAUUUUUGUUGAACAGAUAAUUUAUAGAUUUGGUAAAUAUUUGUGAUGUAUCUUGAUAAUAAAUGACUUAAGAUGCAAGAAA